AGAAGGAUCGCAAUCCUCGUCUUCUUUCUGAAUCAAAUCAUCCGAUUUGUGAAUUUAUCCGGGCGGGCUCAACGGACCCUGUAUGAACUGUCGCAAUAAUCAUCAACAAUGUCAAGAGGGAAAAUUCUCCUCCGAUACGACCUGAUGGGGGUAGUUGGGGGCCAUCGGUUUGCGAUCGGGAGGCCGAUCUACGAGGAUCUCGCUGUUCCAGUAUCCUCCGGUCCGUCCGAUAACUUGCCUAUGGUAUGGCUAUGUUAAUCUCCCACGACUAUAAUCAUGAUCUAUCACGAAAGAUUGUCUUUCUAGUCCCGCCACGCCUCUACUAUUCUCGGUCCAUCCACACCAUGGAGGCCGCCGCCCCAUAUGCGAUCUCUGCAACAGAUCGAAGCGGUCUGAUCGUGAUCGUCGAGACUCUUUUUAUGUCUUGGAUGAUUAUGGUGAGUUUGAUUCGACUAUAUAUGCGCCUCGCGAUCAACGGACCGGUGCAGGUUGAUGAUUUGGUUGUUUUUGCUGGGAGUAUUUUAGCCAUCGCCCAUGUAGGAACAGUGAUGAAUGCGAUCUCCCAUGGCUUAGGCCGAUCGCAAGACGACAGUUCGUCGUGGGACUUGAAACGUGCUGGAGAGGGUGUCUACGCAGCAAAUCUCCUUUUUCUAGCUGGCCACGGCGCCGCCAAAAUCUCUAUAUGCUUGCUACUCAAGCGGCUGGGCCGCCAAAGAAAAUACCUACUUUGUUCGAACAUUCUCGUGGGCAUGGUGACAGCAUGGACUAUUGCUUCUAUUCUGGCAGUGGCUCUUAGUUGCUUCCCUCAAUAUCAAUUGAGCAUGGUGCAGCAUUGUGGUAAUAUCGGUAUUGCCUGGAAAUCGAUCACUGCGUUCGAUGUGAUUACAGAUGUCCUCACUUUCUGCUUGAGUAUUUUUCUAGUCUGGGGUAUUCAGAUGCGGUGGAAGGACAAGGCGACAGUAAUUUUUGCAUUUGGGACGAGAACUCCCGUAAUCAUAUUGAUUAUACUACGACAAACCUACCUCGAUCGUUCCCUUUUUCAUUCCGAUCCAUCUCUGCAUGUGUCUGACGCAAUGAUCGCCACCGCCGUCCUCCUCCAUUACAGCAUCAUGGUAUCAACCGUGCCGUGCCUCAAGCCUUUCGUUAUUGCAUUCAAUACAGGAUGGGGACAGGGAGUCACAAAUAGUAACGGCGAGCAUCCGUACUUCACGCCUACUGGGAAGAGUGCAUCAACUACUCAAUCCCAAGCCUUUACAAGCAGCAAACGAGACGAAGACGAGGCUGAUUUAGCUGCAACCCGGCUGUCACACGAUAGCCAGAACUCGCGACAACUAAUAAUUCACCAAACACAAGAGUGGAUUGUGGAGGAGGAGUAUGAGAUGCAUCGAGUUGAUAAUAGGAUAUGAAUCGACAGAU